AUUUGCAGCAGUGAAAAAGCCCAUGUCUCCGUUUGCCAAGUUCAGGCAGCUAGAUCGCCAAAAUAGUCUACCUAGCUCUCCGAGUUCUCCGAGGACGCCGGGGACUCCAGGAAGCAAAGCGUUCUCUUUCAAGUUUACUGACCCUAAGGUGCAGAGUAAUGUCGUGCAGAUAAAGGAACGAAUGCUUGCUUGGUGUCGAGCAAAAACUAAAGAAUAUGAGAAUAUCCAAAUCGAAAAUUUCUCAACGAGUUGGAACAACGGAUUGGCAUUCUGUGCUCUUCUCCAUCACUUUCGGCCAGAGGCCUUCGACUACAAAGCCCUGAGCCCCAGGAACAGAAGAGCCAACUUUGAAUUGGCAUUCACCAAAGCUGAGGAAAUCGCUGACAUAACACCAUUGCUCGACGUAGAUGACAUGGUGAUGAUGCGACGACCCGACUGGAAGUGCGUCUUCACUUACGUACAAUCGAUAUACCGUCGUUUCAAAGACGAAGAUUAGAGAGAUUGUUUGCUAAUUAACAAGAGUCGUUUUCUAUUUUUUCACUGAGAAAAGUUUUCAAUUGCUUCAAAACUUUACCAUCAAACUAUUGCUGAAUAAAUUGGCAACGAUUUUCCUUUGUGCUUGUGAUAGUCAAUGUUGCAAUUUUGUUGAUUUUAUGCAUUUAACACCGGUGAUACUCGAUAUUUGUUUUAGCUUGAGUCGUUAGCUCUAUCUUUAAACUCAUCAAAGAGUCAAAGUAUUUCUCUUACAAUAAUUAUUAUUUUCUCACUUCUUUUUUUAUGAAAAAGUUUACGUCAGUCUGUUCUUAUCUUUAAGUAUUAAGAGAUUGAUAAAAAAUAUUGUACUUAAGUAUUGACUAACUAGGUGUCUAUCAGAGUACACUGUCGUCCAGGGAGUUGUUGAUGUCAGGGCGAUCCUCUCCAAUCAUGUCCUAACAGAGAAACAGUUUUUGAGUGUUUGUAAAAUGUGAAUAAAUGUUGAUUUGUGGAAA